GCACCAGAACCCUCAAUGGGUUCUAUCUAUAUUCUAUUCCUCUUUCUCACUUUCAGUUUAUUCAUAUACAACUAAGAAAGCUUGUUCAUGGUUCAAAGUCCCUUUCUACAGAAAACUUCUCAAAGUCAGCCCGAUCUCCAGACCUGGAGUUUGAACUCAAGUGAAGGCCUUUGCUGAAGCUUUAGAGAUUGCCCAGCAGAGUGUUUGUCGUGGGGACAAGGUCUCACUAUGUAGACUGAGUUGGCCUUGAACUCAGAAGAUCCACCUCUCUCUGCUUUCCUGAGUGCUAGCUUUUUAAGUUUUUUUUUUUUUUUUAAUAAUCGCUUUAAGUUGAACAUAUACGACCAGACAAAAGGAUUGUGGAACUGGAGAGUCUCAGUUUUCAAACAAAAUAUUGAAGGUGUGGCCAGGAGAUAAGAACGGAAUUCUGGGACAGAUUCCUCGUUAUCUAUCAGCAGCUCCAUCAGCAGCAGAGGAUUAGAAGGAGACACUAACAAGAAGCUGUGACUCUCUCCUAACUGGUCAGUACCAUGAAUCAGCUUCAAGUCUUCAUUUCNGGCCUCAUACUGCUUCUCCCAGGUCCUGUGGAUUCUUAUACAGCAGUGCAGGGGCUGGCGGGUCACCCUGUCACACUUCCGUGUAUUUAUUCAACACACCUUGGUGGAAUUGUUCCUGCGUGUUGGGGCCUAGGAGAAUGCCGCUAUUCUUAUUGUAUAAGGUCACUUAUCUGGACCAAUGGAUAUAAGGUCACACAUCAGAGGAACAGUCGAUACCAGCUAAAGGGGAAUAUUUCAGAAGGAAAUGUGUCCUUGACCAUAGAGAACACUGUUGUGAGUGAUGGUGGACCCUAUUGCUGUGUAGUGGAGAUACCUGGAGCGUUCUAUUUUGUGGACUAUUUGUUGGAAGUUAAACCAGAAACUUCCACAAUUCCUCCAGCAAGACCCACAACUACAAGGCCCACAGCUACAGGAAGACCCACAACUACAAGGCCCACAUCUACAGGAAGACCCACAACUACAAGGCCCACAUCUACAGGAAGACCCACAACUACAAAGCCCACAUCUACAGGAAGACCCAGGACUACUUCAACCAGAUCCACACAUGUACCAACACCAACCAGAAUUUCUACCUCUACUCCUCCAACACCAGCACACACACAGACUCACAAGCCAGAACCUACUACAUUUUGUCCUCAUGAGACAACAGCUGAGGUGACAGGAACCCUAUCCCAUACUCCUGCAGAGGCCACUACAUUUUAUCCAGAUCGGACUACAGCUGAGGUGACAGAAACCCUAUCCUAUGCUUCUGCAGACUGGAAUAACACUGUGACAUCCUCAGAUGAGUCUUGGAAUAAUAACACUGAAGCAAUCCCUCUAUGGAAGCUGCAGAAAAACCUGACUAAGGGCUUCUAUAUUGGCAUCUCCAUUGCAGCCCUGCUGAUAAUGAUGCUUCUGAGUACUGCGGUUAUCACCAGGUACAUGGUUAUGAAAAAGAAGCCGGGAUCUCUGAGUUUCUGUAAGAUUGGAGCUUCCCAAAACACAGUGGUUGAGCUGGCCAGAGGUGAAGACAAGGUCUACAUUAUUGAAGGCACUCCUUACCCUGAAGAAGAGUCCUAGUGGCCCUCUGAGGCACUUUCUGUCUGGGAUUAAAGAGAUUGUCAGUGAUAUCACAGAGUCCAGGGCAAUUUUCUGUACUGGAGAGGGUAACCCUCUACUGUAUACACUCAAAACUCAAGUUCAAAAGAAUC